GUCUCUAGGAGUAACUUUACCUGCUACUACCAUCUACAAGUUCUUUCUGAGGGAGUAUAAAAGACCAGGUAACUUUGUACUAAAGUAUCAGUUACUAAACAGUUACUUCUCGCUACUGAGAUCAUACAUUAACUUUAAAAUGUUUAAGCUUUUCGUUUUGGCUGCUUUGGCUGUUGCCAGUGAGGCUUCCUACGCGGAUUACGACGGCUAUGUUAACUCCAAUGUUGGAUAUGGAUCGUACUAUGGACUUGGACACGGACACGAUGGAUCUUAUCAGACAUUUGUUGCACCUGUAGUCGCUGAUGCUCACUACCAACACGGAGUUUAUGGACACGGUUACGAUGGACACGAUUACGAGGGACACAAUGUUUAUGAUCAUGGAUUGAACCAUCAUGAUACUUAUGCACCAGCGAAGUACGCUUUCAACUACGGAGUAAACGACCCCCACACCGGUGACGUAAAAAGCCAAGAAGAAGUGCGUGAGGGUGAUGUAGUUAAAGGGUCAUACCGCCUGAAUGAACCCGACGGCACCAUCCGCGUUGUCGAGUACACCGCGGAUCCUCACAAUGGAUUCAACGCAGUAGUAAAAAAGAUCGGACACGCUGUCCACCCUGCCCCAGUUCCCGUAGUGAAAUACGUAGCCCCCGCGUAUGCUCACCACGGAUACUAGGAUACAUUAAAUUAAAUUUAAUUAACUUGAUUAAGUAAAAUAAUUACAUCAGCUCGUCUGCAUAAUUUCGACUGGCCCAGAUGUGUUCAUCCAAUUAUUAAAGAAUACUCUCACUUUUAAAUUUAUAUCAAUUAAAGUUAUCACUGAAUAAAUUAUUUUACUUAAAUAAA